GCAGCAUUGUCAUGUCAGUUUUGACAACCAACAUCCAAGUGAGCAGUACUUCGUUGAGGUUCCAGGAAAGCAAACUGGUAUCAGAAUGCUAUGGCUUUGGAGAUGAAUACACGUGCUCCUGUACUGACAGUUACAUGUGGGUCAAUGAUAUUUGCUACACUUACGGCUGUUGCAAUGGAACUGAUUGCAAAAUUACAGGACCCACGAAUAUUUCACUCUGCACUGCCAAAGUCAAAGUUCUCAUCAAUGGAUCAAUUAAAACGGAUUUUCACUUGAGUAGUGCUCAAGUAUCUAUGGUGAGAAAUGCCUUCAGACAACUAAGUGGCAAUGAGGACGUGAACUUUACCACUACCAGCGCACCAACUGCUAAGUUUGAGACAGCCCUCAGUGUCAAAGCCACAGUCUCUAAAUUUAAGGAAAUAAUGACUUCCCUGGAGAGCAACCUGGGGGCACCUGGGGUUCUUGCUCUCAAAGUUGAAGGACUUGUCAACAUAGAAUCCCCAUCAUCUACAGUGUUCUACAAAACCAGCGUACAUUUUAAUUGUACAUUUGACACAGACACAGCGCAAGAGAAAAAGGUCUGGCACUUCUAUAAAAACACUGUCGCCACUAUUCUCAACACCGGAAGUGUGGUGACAUUGAACCACACCUGUGACAAACAGGGAAACCUUCAGUGUACUUCAGUUAACCUUAAAGAGGUGACAGGUCUGUGGAAAGGCAAGUACAAAACCUCACAUUGCUAUGUUGAAUGGAAGUUAAAUUGUUACAGAGCAGAAAAUGUCAUACUUUAG